AAUCAAAAACGAUUUUUUUGUCAAAAUUUCAUUUACUAGCACAGACUAGAAAUUCAAGUUGUUAGAAAUUCAUAAAUUAUUUUUAUUUCCAAUUUGAAUUUCGCGCUCUUACGCACUGUUAUGGCCCCUGUUAAGCUAUUAACAUAAGCAACCACCAACGCCAGAGGGCGCUAGCGCCAAACUAUCGAUAACUUCGCCUUUAUUGUUGGCGCAUUCAUUUUUUAAGGUGUUUCCCUGAAAAACUUGAACUAAUCCAGGAUCUAAAGGAUCUAGAGGAAGCAAAUUCAUCAUGCCCCGCGGAAAGUUCGUCAACCACAAAGGACGCAGUCGGCAUUUCACAUCCCCCGAAGAACUGCGCCAGAGUUCCGAGGAUUCUGAAGAAAACGAAACGGAAGAUUCUCUGAAGGAUCCAAAAAAGGAUAAAGACGGGGAAUCCGAUGAUGAGGAACUCUCCUCCGAGUCCCCAGAAGCGGCAGCCCGAGUGGAAAAAAAGGGCGUAGCAGCUCUAAUUGAGAUCGAGAAUCCCAAUCGUUUGUCGAAGAGUAUCACCCAAAAGCAGGGAAAUGGAGGCACCGACCCUAAGCCGGAGCUUUCCCGCCGCGAACGCGAGGAAGUCGAGAAGCAGAAGGCCCGCCGUAGAUACGAGAAGCUGCAUGCCCAGGGAAAGACGACCGAGGCGAAGGCGGAUCUGGCCCGAUUGGCGCUUAUCCGGCAGGAGAGGGAGGCAGCUGCCGCCAAAAGGGAGGCGGAGAAGAAGCCUCCGGCCAAGAGCUUGGACACCUAAUAUGAGAGGCAAUCCCCUUCAAAUUCCACUUUAAAUCAUUAAAUUAUUAAUAGGAUAUUAGAAGGUGUGUCCUGGAAACAGUGUCUAUUCAAAAUUUCGGAGUUUUCUAAUCCAGUUUUUUGUAGUUCUGAAUUCGGAAUAUUUGGAAAUUAAAGAAGCUUGUAUUUUUCAAAA